GUGAUAAGGAUUUUUUUUUGUGUGUGAGUCAAAACAUAUCAUAGAUCGUCAUUGGAAGGUUAUUGCUUACUUAUAAUUGCUUUAAAAUGCGAGUGCCGGAGCAAUUUCUUUCAUGACUUUUUCGACUAUAGCAUGGAGUGUUUUAACUCAUCAUGCGUGACUCCAACGACGGGGACUGCUCCUCAAACCUUCGCAUCAGCAUUGCAGUUCUUCGCGGCUGCCCAAUGUGUUAUAUCAGAAGGAUCAAUACCGGAUUCUGAUGUUCAAGAUUUUGAAGAAUUUAAUUUCAUAAUAGUUGGAGCAGGAACCGCCGGUAGUGUUUUAGCAAAUCGUUUGAGUGCUAUAUCUGAAUGGAAAAUACUACUACUUGAAGCCGGUGGUGAUGCCCCGAUAGAAGCUGAUGUUCCAGGUCUGUACGGUGGACUAUAUACAAGCAAAUAUGAUUGGAGUUACCUAACUAAUAACGAUGGAGUAACCAACGGCGCUCAUAUUAAUGAAUCCAUUUAUUGGCCACGAGGCAAAAUGAUGGGAGGCAGUAGUAACCUUAAUGCGAUGAUAUAUGUUCAAGGAAAUGAUCAGGAUUACCAAAAUUGGUACGAUGAAGGAAACACUGAAUGGACUGUAGAAGAAGUGCGCAGAUGUUUCAGGAAAGCUGAAAAUUUCCAAAACGCUGAUGCGCUGAAAAAUCCCGAAAUAAGCAAUCAUUAUGGAAGAGACGGACCGCUGGUUAUUAAUAAAUUCAACAGCACCUAUCAACCUAUUAACGAUAGAAUUCUUGCCGCGUGGGAUGAAAUUGGAAUUAAAAAUGUUGAAGAUGUGAAUGUCGCAAACGUGUUGGGAUCGGGAUCUCAAGCAUGUACAGCUGCUAAUGGAGAAAGACAAAGCCACAACAAAGCAUAUCUGAAUCCAAUUCUACACAGAUCAAACCUAAAAAUACUAAAAGACAGCUUGGUCACACAAGUAUUAAUAGAUCCUUCUAGUAAAACUGCUUAUGGGGUUGAAGUAUCGCAUGGCUCACAGAACUUCACGUUUUACGCUAAAAAUGAGAUCAUUCUAAGCGCAGGAGCUAUAAACUCACCUCAACUUCUGAUGUUGUCUGGAGUUGGCCCAGAAGAACAUCUAAGUUCAAAGAAUAUUUCAGUCAUAGUUGAUUCACCAAUGGUAGGACAAAAUCUACAAGAUCACUGUAUUAUAAUUAUAAUAAUGUACACGGACGAUCCGGGUCAAUUGACCGUUGCAAAUCAACAAUUUGGUGCCAUACAGUAUCUUUACAAUCGCACAGGAUAUUUAGCGCAAUAUGAUAUAUCUAACUCUCUAGCAUUUUUCUCUGACUCCGAAGACGCCACUUAUCCGAAAUUCCAAAGUCAUUUUACAAUGCUUUUUAAAAAUAGUUCUUCAACUGAACACGUUUUAAAAACAAUGUAUAGGUUCAAGGACGAAGUAGCAGACCCAAUUAUUGAACAAAACAAAAAGCAUGCUGUUUAUAUGCAUAUAUUCAAUCUCCUGCAUCCUGAGUCCAGAGGGAACAUUUCGUUGAAUUCAGACAACCCAAGAGAUGACCCAAUCAUUAAUCCGAACUAUUUUUAUGAUCCUAGAGACUUAGAAUCAGCAGCAACGGGUCUGAAGAUUCUUACUAAGACUCUAAAUACUACAGCUUUAAAAGAAGUAAACGCCUCUUUGGGAAGAAUGGAGUGGGGACCAUGCAACGGGUAUGAAUUGGACAGUCGAGAUUACUGGAAAUGUGUUUGUAGAGAGAUGGUGCUUACAAUAUAUCAUCCUGUAGGAACUUGUAAGAUGGGACCUGAUCCAAAGACUUCAGUCGUGAGUUCUCGGUUGAAAGUACACGGAGUAAACAAUCUCCGAGUAGUAGACGCUAGUAUUAUGCCGACACUUACUAGUGGUAAUACCAAUGGACCGACAGGGAUGGUGGCAGAAAAAGGUGCCGAAAUGAUACUAGAGGAUUAUAAUAAAAAUACUGUAUAAGAUUACAUAUAAAGCUAUACAGUAAGUAGUAAUGAUAGUGGAGUCUUUAAGAGUUACAUUUUUUUACUUUUUUAUCACACCCACAAUGUUUUUGUUAUAUGUUGCGGUUAGUGUACUCGGUACAAUAAAGAUAUGAAAAUAAAUGAUUUUAUUAUGUA